CUACAGGACAUGUGGAGCAUUACGUUACAAUACCCCAGCAGGUCAUGGGUGGAGCUUUGCUGGUGUCAACUGGGUGGGAACAACAACAGGUGAAAUACAAGUAUGGAUGGAGAUGGGUGGAGUGAAACAGAGGAAGAGAAAGCAGGAGCAGAGAGCACAAGUCAGUCAGGAGAAACAGGUAGAUGUCGUAAAGUUUUCAACAUAGUUUUGAUCAUCUCUGCAAAGGCAUAUUCUUCUUCAGACCUCCCCAGUAUUUUUGAAGAUGGCAAGGAACCUUGUUUUUACAGCAUCAACACUGAACAUUGGACUGGAUGUGCGAGUCUGACUGCACAGCCCGCUGGAAUGGAGCAAGAAGACUGCUUCGAUUUCUUGUUCAAGAUUAUUUUAAUUGGAGACACAGAUGUUGGAAAAACAUCUGUGAUUCAGAGAUUUAAGACUGGGAACUUCUCUGAGAGGCAGCAGAGCACUAUCGGAGUGGACUUCAUUGUUCGAACCCUCAACAUCCAAGGCAGAAAAAUAAAGAUGCAGGUUUGGGACACAGCAGGACAGGAGCGUUUCCGCACCAUCACACAGAGCUACUACCGCAGUGCUCAUGCAGCUAUGAUCACCUACGAUAUCACUCGCAAAUCCACGUUCGACUCUGUACCACAGUGGAUCAAAGAGAUGGAGCAGUAUGGAGCUGCCAAUGUCCUAAUGGCCAUCAUAGGUAACAAGUGUGAUCUGGAGUCUGAGAGAGAGGUUGAGUUUAAUGAAGUGUGCACACUAGCGAAGCAAAAAGGUAUUGUAGUAGCACUGGAAACCUCAGCAAAGGAAGCCCAGAAUGUGGAUCAGGCCUUUAUUGUGAUGGCACGUGAGCUACUGGCGAGCAAUGGACUGGCUGUAAAGGAGGACGGUUAUUACAUGGAUUCUCCACACAUUUUACUGCAAUCCAACACCAAAACAAUUAACAGUCCCACAAACACAGUGGAGAAAAAGACAUGCGGGUGUUAACACUGGACUUUUAAGUUUACACUUUUUUUGAUUACAAUUUUUGUUCAUUCCAUACUAAAGCGAGUUCAUUUUAAUUACAAACUACUUUCGUCUCACUGUCUGACACCAUUUUACUGUCGUUGGUGAAAACUAAUACUACAAAUAUAUAUUUUCCACAUCAGACUACAACAAUAAAUAAAUAAAUAAAUAAAUGAAUGAAUGAAUAAAGCAAGGCAGACAUAGUUAACAGGUUAACCUCUCAAUAGCAGCACUUUUAGUAAGUUUAUUCACACAGCUGACUGAUAUACAUCAAGCACAUUAUAAACAGGGUAUACUUUAUGUAGUAACACCAGUAAUAUUACUCUGUAGCACGGUGCCAGACAAACAACUGGGGUUUACAAAUAAAGGAAAUGAUAAAGCUGAA